AUGUCCCUUCCAUCACCACCACCAGCCGGUGUCUACACGCCAAUCCCCACCUUCUUCAAGAAGGACGGAUACGCCAUAGACUAUGAUGCAAUUGUCGCCCACUGCCAGUUUCUCCACAAGGCCGGCAUCCAAGGUGCUGCCAUUCACGGUUCCACCGGUGAAGGUGUUCACCUGACCCGUACUGAGCGUGUUGAGGUCAUCAAGCGCGUCCGUGCUGCUCUGCCUGCAGAUUUCGUGAUCCUCGGAGGUGUUGUACAGAACUCCCUCCAGGAAGCCUUGGACGAGGUGGAAGCCUUGAAGAGCGCUGGAGCUGCCUAUGCCCUCACUCUCGGCUCCAACUACUUUGGUCUGGCUAUCAAGCAACAGGGAAUCAUUGACUGGUUCACUUCUUUUGCCGACAAGAGUGCUUUGCCAGUGCUUUUGUACGUGUACCCAGGAGUUUCCAACGGACUGUCGCUUUCUCCAGAGACCAUAAUCCACCUGAGUGCCCAUAAAAACAUCGUUGGAUGCAAGAUCUCCCACGGAGACGUUUCCCACCACACUCUGAUUGGUCUCUCGCCUGAGAUCCAGAAGAACAACUUCCUUCCGCUGACCGGUCUCGGUCAAUUGCUGCUGCCAGUUCUGACUGUAGGCUUCAAGGGAACUGUCGAUGCCAUUUCAGGAGCUUUCCCAAAGAUCUACGUCAAGGUAUUCAACUUGUUUCAAGAGGGCAAGAUCGAUGAGGCCAGAAAAUACCAGCUCGUGAUCAGCAGAGCCGAGGAGAUCGUGGUGAAGUCGGGUGUCAUUGGUAUCAAAACUGCCAUUCACAAGGCCACUGGGUUUGGAGAGUCCGUCCUUGGAAGAGCUCCUUUGAACCAGGAUGUCGACGCAGGUGCUUGGGCAUCUACUCUUGGAUAUUUCGAUGCAAUCACCGAGGUGGAGAACUCUUUGUAA